ACUCAAUACACGCUGUUCCGCGACCUUCCGCCAUGCUCUCCACGAGCUCUCGAAAGAAGCCGCGCGCGUCCAUCCACAAGGCGGUGAGGGGUGGUUUGGUCGAAGAAAAAAAGGCUUCGCAACGUCUCCUGGCAGUGACUCGAGUGUGUCGAGACUGUGGUGUGAGAUUGUCCCCCUUGGAAGAUGCGCUCCAUCACUGCGCCGUCUCCUUUGAUUGGCCCUUCCCCGUCGAGACCCUCUCGACCAGCUCCAGCUCCCUGGGGCCAUGCCGCCUGGUACGGCUGAAGGCGAAUCAGCUGCGAGGGGCAGCGAGGAAGCAACUCACAGAGCUUUGGGAAGUGGUUCGUGACCGGGAGCUUUCUCAUUCCUUGGAGCUGCCCAGUAUCGAAGCCUUGGCGAGUCAAAGCGCCUGGUUACUUCUGGCACUCAAGGGCCGGGAGGUUUUGGGCAUGCUCAGCGCGGAGCGGAUCACCACGGAGAUCGUUGAGCCAGAGACACCCACCUGCUACAAGCGUCCGCGGAAUGCGAAGACCAGCGAUCAGGAGAUCGUUGAGGCCAAGAUGGCAGGCCAUGAGGGGCGGAGAUCGUUGGUUCCGAGCAUAUUUGCAGAUGAGAACCACGAGCUUCGAGAAGCGCCUGCACCUUCUUCGGCGCUCACCGUCACGCCGAAGAAGGCGCCGAAGAGGUGUGCGGCGCCGCCCUCGCUGGGCGUGGCCCUGGUCUGGGUGCGGCGCCGCGAGCGGCGGCGAGGCUUGGCGACAGCGCUGGUGGACUGCUUGCGGCGGCUCAAUGGAGGGGCCACGGUGGCCUUUUCGCAGCCCACAGAUUUGGGCUUCGCCUUUGCCACCAGAUACUCCAGGCAACAGCGCUUCGAUUCGCCCAUGGUCUACGAUCCUGCUUGGACUGAUUAGUGGAGUGCCGCCCUCCUGGCCUCAUCGGAGCGCAGAGCUGGAGCGAUGUAGUUGGGCAUCGCUUUUUUGGGGAUACACAGGAGGCCAGACUCAACUUGGUGGGUCAAAACCAGGCUGGUUGACA